CAUUCUAUAUGUUUGUUUGCUCCUCAAAACAAAGCCUGCCUUGUUCUCUUUGUAUCAGUGUAUUCUGGACUUUGCUUCAUUGAUUCCCUUUGAUCCAGCUGGUACAGUGGCACAGCUUAGUGCUCCUCUCUGAACAACUGCCAGUGUAACAGUGUUGUAGAGAAUGUCAGAGAGACAGGGACUGAGGGCAGACUCCACCCACUUCACUUUAGAUGGAGCCCCAUUUCGGAUCCUCGGAGGCUCCAUCCAUUACUUUCGGGUCCCCAGGGCAUACUGGAGAGACCGGCUGCUCAAACUCAAGGCCUGUGGUCUCAAUACUCUCACCACGUACGUGCCGUGGAAUCUUCAUGAACCAGAAAGAGGAGUUUAUCUUUUUCAGGAGGAGCUGGAUCUGGAGGCAUACAUUCGUCUAGCAGGGGAAUUAGGCCUUCGAUCCUUUUCCUUUUGUCAUGUAUGUGUGCUUUUACUCUUUUGGCCCUUAAACAUCGUCCCCUCUGCAUCUCUCUUAGAUUAUGAUGCUCCACUGACUGAAAGUGGUGAUUAUACAACCAAGUAUCAACUCCUGAGGAACCUGCUGAGCACCUACAGCAAUGAGCCGAUAUCAGAGCCGCCAGAUGUGCAGAGCAGAAGAGCAUAUGAGCCGCUGGCAGUUACUCAUUAUAUUUCACUAUGGGAGAGUCUUCAAUGUGCAGAAACACUUUUCAGAGCUGAUGAUCCUGUCAACAUGGAGAGCCUUCCUGCAAACCACAACAAUGGUCAGUCCUAUGGAUACACACUCUAUCAGACUGACAUUUAUUCAGGUGGAGAUCUCAACUCAAGGAACCAUGUUCGUGACAGAGCUCUAGUGUUUAUUGACAGAGAACUCAUUGGUGUUUUAGACAAUAGAACACAGAAAGUUAAAAUACCUCACAGUAAGAGUGAGAGGACCUUGAGUUUGCUUGUUGAGAACUGUGGACGAGUGAACUAUGGUCCAGCUCUUGACAACCAACAUAAAGGGCUUGUUGGUGAUAUAACUCUGGACAAUGUACCUCUAAAAAAGUUCACCAUGCACUGUUUGGAUAUGAAGACCAGUUUCAUAAACAGACUGCAGUCUCAGAAAUGGACGUCUGUUGGUACGAAGCCCACCUACCCUGCGUUUUUCAGAGGAUCCCUGGUAGUGGAUCAGCCCACAGAUACGUUUUUGAAGCUGCCAAAUUGGAGUAAAGGGGUGGUUUUUGUGAACGGGCAAAAUCUUGGACGCCACUGGUCAGUUGGUCCUCAGAAAGCCCUCUAUCUUCCUGGUCCCUGGCUCAGGAGUGGAGAUAAUGAGAUUGUUGUUUUUGAGGAACUCAAAGCUGCGGAAACAAUCCAUUUUGCUGAAAAUCUAGAAUAUGGCAAGACAGUCGACGUAUCCACACAACUGUUUUGCACCCUCAUAUGAAACACACCUGCAGCUUUACAAUGAAUCUCAGGCUUACAUCCAUCAAAACAGAUCUGAACUUGAAUUACUUAAAGCAAGACAUCACAAGUGAAGAGUACAGAUUUAGCAAUAGACUUCCCCAUUUGAUUAAUCAUAUCAAAUUAAGACAGCUGUUUUGUAUUACAGGUUUUCUGAACUAUGUUUAAAUAUGCAGUUGAGACGUUAUCUGAUUAAAUAUGUACUAAUUUGCAAACAUUUCCAGAACAGUAGUCUUAACACUGGAUAAAGCCAGAUUUUGGAUAUCUCUUUCUAUAACUCUAUACAUCAGAAAAUAUUGUCAAAAGCAAGAAAAAAGGCACUUUCAACUUAGAACUUUUAACUUGUAUACAAAGAAAACCCCUCUAAAAACCUUGAGAAUUUAAAGGGUUAGUUCACCCAAAAAUGAAAAUUCUGUCAUUAAUUACUCACCCUCAUGUCGUU